CCUCUUAUUGAUUGCUUCAAAUUUUAAUGGCUGCCGUAUAGUUGGUGGCGUCUGAUAUUUCUCCUGUAAUUUUGUCGUCUUUUUCUCUAAUGACCAAACGUAUUGCGAUACACAUGACAAGACAGUUUGCUAAUUUAAUGUCAAACUGUUGCUCUUAGAUUUUAAGUAAGCAGGUUUCAACUGCCAAAGAAUCUCAAAGAUGUCUAAACGACCAGCAGAAGACUCGCAGACUGGAGGGAGCUCUGGCCCUCAAUGUAAAAAAGUUCAAUUUGAACCCAUAAGACUUGGUGCAAUCUCCUCUUUAGAAGAAAUGGACAUGAAAGUUCUUCAAUUUCAGAACAAAAAACUUUCUCAGAGAUUGGAACUCAGACAAAGAACCGAAGCAGAGUUAAGGCAAAGAAUUGAACAAUUGGAGAAGAGACAGAUGCAGGACGAUGCUGUCCUAAAUGUCAUUAAUCGCUAUUGGAAUCAAUUAAAUGAAGAUGUCAGAAUUCUUUUGCAAAGGUUUGAUGCAGAAACUGCUGAUGAAAAUGAAAGCAAAAAUGAAAGUGAGGCCACCACAUCAUUUCUUGCACUCCUCUCCACGUGGGACAAAGAUGAGCUUGAUGAGAAACUUGCUAACCGAGUGCUUGUCUCACAGCGGGCUGUGGCUAAGUUGAUUAGAGCUUUUGACAGACUCCUCCAAAGGAAUGAAAAAGUCACACAGGCUCUAAAAGGAGAAUCUGAUAACGGUGAAGUUGUCAAUCUGGAAGAGGCUAUUAAGCAGGUGAACGCUGAAAUUCAAGCUGAGAACAGUAAUCUCCACGUUUUGAACACUUCUCUUCAUGAAAAAAAUCAUGCCAUAUCUCUUAAGUUGAAAGAGAUGCAAGAGCAACUCACAGCUAAAGAGACUGAAGCGGCAGAGCUGCAGAACCGAGUAGACGAUUUAGACUACGAAUUGCAAAAACGCAGACACCGCGCAGAUUCAUUGGAAAAUCACUUGGGAGAAGCGCUUGAAAAGAUCAAAGUUCUUCAGCAACAACAUCAAGCCGGAGUUCAGGUGGAAGCAGAGAAGACUUCUGGAAGUAAAGUUGUGUCAGUCUCCCAGAAAAAAAUGGAAGAUCAACACAAAGAAUUAGAGGAGCAGAGAGAAAUGGCCGCAAACCGUUUAGCUGAACUCGACCGUCUUCAUCAAAAUCACAGGGAUGUUUUACAGCAGCUAGAGCAUCUCAAGAUGGAUAUUCGCCAAUUGCCUGAGUCGGUAGUUGUAGAGACCACCGAAUACAAGUGCCUGCAGUCGCAGUUUUCAGUGCUUUAUAACGAUUCCAUGGGCCUCAAAACGCAAUUGGACGAAGCUCGUCAACAGUGGCAUACUGCCAAGAAUGCCCAUCUUCGCCAAAUUGAGUUGAUGGAGAGUGACGAGCUUCUGAGACAAAAGCAAUUGCGAACCGAGGUCAUUCAAUUGGAAGACAUGCUAGCUCAAGUGCGCAAAGAGUAUGAGAUGCUGCGUAUUGAAUUUGAACAACAACUGGCAGCUAAUGAGCAAACCGGACCAAUCAAUCGUGAAAUGCGCCAUCUCAUAACUUCACUGCAGAACCAUAAUCAACAGCUUAAAGGCGAAGUCCAUCGUUACCGAAGAAGGAAAUAUAGAGAAACAAGCGGAGAAUUAGCUAAAACUAAGCGAGAAUUGGAAGAAAGUCAGGCCAAGGUGCAAGCACUACAGGAAAUUCGGGAUGCUCGUGACGCUGACGCUGCUGCCCAACGCGAAGCAGCCGAGAACGCCGAUACAACAGAUUCUACUGGACUUUCUAGCGACACAAUUGACCCAACUCUCAUCAAGGAUGACCUAGAAAUCAAAAGAGAACCCGACGAUGAUUCUACAACCGAAGACACGAAAGACGACCUUGGAGAUAUUAAAAAAGAGAAAUCUGACGUUAAAAAAGAGCCUUCCGAGACCAAGCCAGAUCCAGCCGUUUUGGCUGCAGCUGCAGCAGCCGCCGCCAAAAUCAAGGAGCAGAAAAAUGCCGAAGCUGAAGUGGUCCGUGACCUCAAAGCUCAGCUAAAGAAAGCACACAUUGAUCAAAGAGAAAUGAAGCUUCUACUUGAUAUGUACAAAGGUGUUGGGAAAGAGACCCGAGACAAGACUCAGUUGAUGGCGGCCGAGAGGAAAGCUCGUCUGGAAAUAGACGACUUGAAACAGCAGCUAAAGAAGAUGCAGGCUAGUUCAGAGAGCAAACGCGAGGAACGUAAACGUCUAGCCGACGAUGAAGCUGUUCGAAAAAUUCGUUCCCUUGAAGAAGGCGUUCACCAGUUGCAGAAACAAGUGGCGGCGCAAAAACAAGAAGAAGAAGCACUUUUGAACGAAAUGGAAGUGACUGGCCAGGCAUUUGAAGACAUGCAAGAACAAAAUUCUCGUCUAAUUCAGCAGUUACGUGAAAAAGAUGACGCCAAUUUCAAACUCAUGUCAGAACGAAUUAAAGCCCAGCAAGUGCAUAAAUUACAAAGGGAGGAGAAAGAUAUGUUGGUUGAACAGGUAUCGACGUUGAAUAUGCAAGUUGAAGCUCAGAACCAGGUCGUUCGUCGAUUGGAAGAGAAAGAGCGUUUACUUCAGAGUAGCAUAACUUGCGCUGAAAAAGAACUCAUGCUGAGACAACAGGCGAUGGAGAUGCACAAACGCAAAGCUAUCGAGAGCGCCCAAUCGGCCGCUGAUCUUAAACUUCAUUUAGAGAAAUAUCACUCUCAGAUGAAAGAGGCCCAGCAAGUAGUUGCGGAAAAGACCGGAACGCUUGAAGCGGAAGCAUACAAGACGCGCAGGUUGUACGAAGAGCUUGCACAGGUGAAACGUCGUGUCGAGCGUCUCAAGAAGAUAGAGGCGGCAGGAACCGCCGACGAAGUUUUGCGUGAAGAAUUACGCGAAUACAAGGACACCCUAACAUGUCCUUCGUGUAAGGUGACGCGCAAAGACGCGGUCCUCACCAAAUGUUUCCAUGUUUUCUGUUUCGAUUGCCUCCGAACCCGUUACGAGACGAGGCAAAGAAAAUGCCCUAAAUGCAAUGCCGCUUUCGGAGCAAACGACUAUCACAGGCUUUAUUUGUCAUGAUAAAAACCAGAAGAUAUAAAAAUUCACCGUUCCAUUUUCAAAUCAUGUCCAAUUUUGUUUUUGCUAAGAAAUGAAAAUACAUUGACGUUUUCAUUC